GCAUCACCGCGCGGCGACACCGAGUCACCUGCCAACAUGUCCGACAAACCAGACAUGGCUGAGAUCGAGAAAUUUGACAAGUCCAAAUUGAAGAAGACAGAGACGCAAGAGAAAAACCCGCUGCCUUCAAAAGAAACAAUUGAACAGGAGAAGCAAGCGGGUGAAUCGUAAUGAAAUCUGCCCUUCCAAAUUAUGCACUGUACAUUCCACAAGCAUUGCCUUCUUAUUUUACUUCUUUUAGCUGUUUAACUUUGUAAGAUGCAAAGAGGUUGGAUAAAGUUUAAAAUGACUGUACUGCCCCUUUCACAUCAAAAGAAUAGAGAGAACUACUGACACUGAAUGAAGGCGCUGCCUUUCCCUCUGCCUGUCUGGCUUUGGUCCUGGUGGCAUGAAAGAGCUUGCAUGUUGAUGAAAGAAGAACUUGGGUGGGACUACAGUAAACUAGAGUAACACAUGAAUAAAUGCAAAGCUGUAUCAAGGUCCUGCGAGCUGUAAAAUGCAGUUAAUCGAGUGCCAUUUUUUUUUUUGUUCAAAUGAUUUUAAUUAUUGGAAUGCACAAUUUUUUUAAUAUGCAAAUAAAAUGUUUUAAAACCUGG